AAGAGAGAGCAGCAGAGGUGGCAGAGGGAGCGGAGGGAGGUCAUCCGUGAGAGUCGCCGGUCAAGUUGCUUUCGUGUGGGCAGCAAUUUUCCAGCGCUCGAUCGCGCCGCCGCUGAAAAAACAAGACGGGUCUUUCCCCCUCAUUCGUCCUCGCAUUUAUCACGUGCCGUUAUCGGAGCUCGUACAGCCAUGAAGCUGCCAGUCUCCCUCGUCUCUCAACUGCGGCACGCAGCACGGCAUAACUUUUCCCGAGGAAACAUGGCCCUACUGCACUCGUCUGCUAGCAGCACGGCAGCCGCCGGAUCGGGAGACUAUCGGAUUGAGUCCGACACAUUUGGCGAGCUGAAGGUGCCCAGCGACAAGUACUAUGGAGCACAGACUAUGCGUUCCAUGCUCAACUUCAACAUUGGUGGCGAGAACGAGAGGAUGCCACUUCCAGUUAUCAAGGCCUUUGGCAUCCUCAAGAAAGCUGCGGCCAUCGUAAACAAGGAAUACGGCCUAGACUCUAAGCUGGCGGAUGCCAUCUCACGAGCGGCCGACGAGGUGAUUGACGGGCGGCUGGAAUCGCACUUCCCGCUGGUCAUCUGGCAAACCGGCUCGGGCACCCAGUCCAACAUGAAUGUCAACGAGGUCAUUGCCAAUCGGGCCAUUGAGAUUCUCGGAGGCAAGCUGGGCAGCAAGAGCCCUGUUCAUCCUAAUGACCACGUCAACAAGAGCCAGAGUUCAAACGACACGUACCCGACAGCAAUGCACAUUGCCGUUGCCAUGGAGAUCGACACGCGCCUGUUGCCGGCGCUCAAGAAGUUGCUCGAUGCGCUUCGCACCAAGUCCCGGGAGUUCGACGACAUUAUCAAGAUCGGCCGGACUCACACUCAGGAUGCCGUGCCUUUGACCUUGGGCCAGGAAUUUGGUGGUUAUGCUACCCAAGUUGAAUAUGGCAUUGAGCGAGUGAAAGCAACGCUUCCUCGUCUCUAUUACCUCGCUGCAGGUGGCACGGCAGUCGGCACGGGCCUCAACACGAGGAUCGGCUUUGCUGAGAAAGUGGCUGAGAAGGUCUCCCAGUUCACGGGCCUCCCAUUUGUGACGGCACCCAACAAGUUCGAAGCGCUUGCCGCCAACGACGCCAUGGUCGAGGUGUCCGGUGCGCUGAACGUACUCGCUUGCAGCUUGAUGAAGAUAGCCAACGACAUCAGGUUCCUCGGAUCGGGACCGCGGUGUGGUUUCGGCGAGCUCUCCCUGCCUGAGAAUGAGCCGGGAAGCAGCAUUAUGCCAGGCAAGGUGAACCCUACACAGUGUGAGGCGGUCACCAUGGUGGCUGCCCAGGUCAUGGGCAACCACGUUGCCGUUACAGUCGGUGGCAGCAACGGCCACUUUGAGCUGAACGUGUUCAAGCCGCUCAUCGUGUCCAACGUGCUCCGCUCGGUGCGGCUCCUGGCCGACUCGAGCGUCUCCUUCACGGACCACUGUGUGGUCGGCAUUGUGCCGAACAAGGAGCGCAUCUCCAAGCUGCUCAACGAGUCACUCAUGCUGGUGACGGCGCUGAACCCUCACAUCGGCUACGACAAGGCGGCCAAGAUUGCCAAGACGGCGCACAAGGAAGGCACCACGCUCAAGGAGAGUGCCAUCAAGCUCGGAUACCUGACUGCCGAGGAGUUCGACAAGUGGGUCCAGCCCAAGGACAUGCUGGGACCCAAGUGAAGGGCACACUGUAGUACACACUGGGAGCUACACCAUCCCGUCAACAUUUCGUCAGGGGGCCCCGGUGACAAGUGUUCCUCUGUUCAUACAGGAACACCUCCUCCUCUCGUCUUGUCGAAUCUGGUCUCGAAGUAUGGCCGCACUGCUGUCCGUGCACCCACGUGCGUUUAUGCCGUUCCGAUUUGUGCGCCCGUGAUUGACUUUCGGAUGCAAGUACUGUGCCGAAGACGUGGUAACUGAAAUGUUUUUAUGAAAGCGUUAUGAGUCUUCUUGUGUUAGGGACGAUGAUUUUGUGUAAUGAAGGUGUCUUGUUGCAACAUCA